GGUUUUUCUUCAAAGAUAUUGACGAGUGUACGAGCAACAAUCAUAACUGUGACAUCAAUGCUUUCUGCAAUAAUACUGAGGGUUCUCAUAAUUGCACCUGUAAGCCUGGAUACUCUGGAGAUGGAAGCAAUUGCACGGGUAAUGACGUGUUUUAUUCUUUCCUUGUUUAUAGACAUAUAAGUGAGGUACUUCUUAAAUUAGAUUUUGUCACAUAGUACUGGGAGAGAGCUUCGGAUCGCUUGCGCGAAUUGUCAUAGGAAUUAGGAGGGGAAGCACACUCAUUCGAACAAGAGAGAUCGGGAAACUGUGAUAUGACUGCUUGGUAGAUUUGCUCGACGAUAGAAAGGAAUCUUUAAAAUUCAGCACACCACUGGACUUUUCAUCCGAAAAAGAACCAAACACUAAUUUUCUCUGACAACAGGGAUCUUAACAUCGCCACAUCUAAGAAAUCGGAAUAGUAUUUAUCCGUGAGAAAUUCGAAACUUUUAUCCUCGUCUCUUCCAAGGACGCUUUUGCUCUUCAAGUGAAUAGAGUACGAAAGUGUGACGUCAUAAAAAUGAAAUUUCUGAAAUUAUGGGAUUUAUCAGGAUAUUCUGAAAGAACAAUGUCCAAGAGGCGUAUUCGCCAAAAAAGAGCAUUUCGGGGCAAAUUGUCUCUAAGAUCGUAGCCCAGACUCCAUACAAAACCCUUCUAAAUUUUUUGGGGGUCGACCUCAAAAGAAUUUAGAAGCGUUUGUAUGGAGUUUUCUAAGCGUAACUGGGCUACGAUCUCAGAGACAAUUUGCCCCGAAAUCCUCAUUUUUGGCAAGUAGGCCUCUUGGACAUUGUUCUUUCAGAAUAUCCUGACAAAUCCCAUAAUUUCAGAAAUUUCAUUUUAUGACGUCAUCACUUUAGUACUCUAUGGCACUGACGCGAGACGUGACAUCAUGAUACUGGCGCGAGGAUUGAAUCAACGAUUUCCUUGGAGACUCUCCUCCCCCGUGAUGAUUAAGAUAUAUGCUAGGUUAGGUUAAAUUUUUUAAUAAAGAUUUUAUCUUUGUAAAUAAGGCUGUUUAUCUUUGUUUCUUUAUAUAACUAGAAUAUGAACUAAGCUUAAUUUUGUAAUGGAGAUCAAAUCUUUGCAAAUAAAGCUGUUUUGAAGAUGAUAGUGAAAUGUACCAACCUUUCUCACGAUGGGAGCUUUCCUUGAUAGAUAUUGACGAGUGUACGACUAACAGGCAUAAUUGUGACAUCAAUGCUUUCUGUAAUAAUACCGAUGGAUCUCAUAAUUGCACCUGUAAGCCUGGAUACUCUGGAGAUGGAAGUAAUUGCACUGGUAAUAUCAUGUUCUUACUCUUUGUUUGUUUACAGUAUAUGUAUGAUUGAGGUAUAUAGUAGGUUUAUUAUUGUGAUGAAGAUGAAAUCUUUUGUAUGUCGACCUUCAGUUGUACCUUUGUGAAGAUGACGAUGAAAUGUUUUAACUUUUCUGACGUUGGGAGCUUUUCUUCAUAGAUACUGACGAGUGUACGACCAACACCCAUAACUGUGACAUCAAUGCUGUUUGUAAUAAUACCCAGGGAUCUCAUAAUUGUACCUGUAAGCCCGGGUACUCUGGAGAUGGAAGUAAUUGCACUGGUAAUGAUUUGCUUUUAUUCUUUGUUUGUUUCUUUGUACAUGAUUGAGGCAUAUACUAGUAGGCUAAAUUUUGUAAUCGCGAUCAAAUCUGUUUAUAUUAAGUUAGUUUGUUUACAUAAUCUCGUUCAGUUUGGUCGAGCGCUUGCUAGGAUAACAGGGAUUCUCCCUCGCCAGUCACUUUGGUCUAGCAUUGCCGUUUUGAAUUCUCCGAUAGUUGCAAACCCAGUGUCUUCAAGAGUGUAUGUACAUGGUCCUAGGUCUUCCUCUCUUAGUUUGUCCAUGUUGUGGCUGCCAAAACACAAGCGUUGAUGCCUUCUCUUCUUUGUGUCUAACACAUGCCCAGCUACUCUCAUUCCUCUUUCCUUGUUCUUGCGAGAAAGCUUUGGGAGGUGACCGUACAGAUCUUUACUUGAGACGGUGGUCCCUCAAAACGUUUGGUGCUAUACGCAGUAUCCUAGCAAAGGCACCAUCAGUUUGCUUUUCUGUGUUUUUGGUUAGAGUCCACUGUUGCCAGGAAGAGUCUAACCUUUAAUUUCCAACACAGAUUUCCAAAUUUUGCCCAACUUAUUGCAGGCCAUUCAGGCUUGAUCUUUUUUCGUUUUCGUGCCUUUCAUGUCAUAUUAAGUUGUUUUCGUAUAUCGUUCGUGUGUGGACCUUGUACCUCUCUAAAGAUGGUGGUGGUCAAACUGUACUGGCAUUUCUCAUGCUGAGAGCUUUCCUUCAUAGAUAUUGACGAGUGUAGGAUCAACCGCCAUAAUUGUGACAUCAAUGCAGUCUGUAAUAAUACCAAGGGAUCUCAUAAUUGCACCUGUAAACCUGGUUUCUCUGGAGAUGGAAGUAAUUGCACUGGUAAUGACGUGUCUCCGUUAUUUGUUUGUUUAUAAUUAAGGUAUUUGCUGCUAUCGACUGCUAGGUUAGAUUUCCUAAUCGAAACCUAAUUUUUGGCUUCUUUGUGAACAAACCUGUUCUUUAUUCUCGGUUUCAACCUUAUACCGCCUCUGUGAAACUUAAAAGUAAAUAUUAUACUUUUGACUACGUUGAGCGCUUUCCUUCAUAGAUACUGAUGAGUGUAUAAUCAACACCCAUAACUGUGACAUCAAUGCUGUGUGUAAUAAUACCGAGGGAUCUCAUAAUUGUACCUGUAAGCCUGGAUACACUGGAGAUGGAAGUAAUUGCACUGGUAAUAACAUGUUCUUAUUCUUUGUUUCUUCAUAUAUACAACUGAAAUAUACACUAGGCUUAAUAUUGUAAUGGAGAUCAAAUCUUUGCAAAUAAAGCUGGGUUUUUUUGUAUCCCUUGUUUUUUUUUGUGUGUGUGUGUCGACCUUGUACCUUUGUGAAAAUGAUGAUUAAAUGUACUAACUUUUCUCACUUUGGGGGUUUUCCUUCAAAGAUACUGACGAGUGUACGAGCAACAAUCAUAACUGUGACAUCAAUGCUUUCUGCAGUAAUACUGAGGGUUCUCAUAAUUGCACCUGUAAGCCUGGAUACUCUGGAGAUGGAAGCAAUUGCACGGGU